AUGGAAUCUCUAACAGUUGCUCUCAUCACAGGAGCCAAUGGCGGGAUUGGCCGUGCUGUUGCCGAAAUCUUAACAGCGGACCACCGCUACCACAUCAUCAUUGACAUUUUUGCUGCUGCCGCCUAUAUUUCAGAAACAUUUGGCAAGCUCAAUGUUCUGGUCAACAACGCCGCUGUGCACUUUGCCGUGACGCAUAGCCUCCCCGUUCGGGAGCAGUGGACAUACACUUUCGCCACAAAUGUCGUCGGCACUGUCGUCUUGACCGACAAACUCUUAUCGCUUCUUCGCAAGUCCGAAUUCCCGUGGACCGUCUUCAUCAACUCUACCAAGGGAUCGAUGGGGGCGACGCUAGACACCACCUUGGCGCUUCAAGACCUCACAUUCAAUUCUUACGAUGCCAGAAAGGCCGCGGUCAACAUGUUGACUGCGGCUAUGUCAAGGUACUGA